AUGGAACUUAAAAAAUUGAUGGAACAUAUUUCUAUUAUUCCCGAUUACAGACAAACCUGGAAAGUGAAACAUAAAUUGUCGGAUAUUCUACUGUUGACUAUUUACGCUGUCGUUUCUGGUGCAGAAGGCUGGGAAGAUAUAGAGGAUUUUGGGGAAACACAUCCCGAUUUUUUGAAGCAAUAUGGUGAUUUUGAAAAUGGUAUUCCUGUUCACGAUACCAUUGCCAGAGUUGUAUCCUGUAUCUGUCCUGCGAAAUUUCAUGAGAGCUUUAUUAACUGGAUGCUUGACUACCAUUCUUCAGAUGAUAAAGACGUCAUCGCAAUUGAUGGAAAAAUACACCGGCAUUCUUAUGACAAGAGUCGCCGUAAGGGAGCGAUUCAUGUCAUUAGUGCGUUCUCAACAAUGCACAGUCUGGUCAUCGGACAGAUCAAGACGGAUAAGAAAUCCAAUGAGAUCACAGCUAUCCCUGAACUUCUUAACAUGCUGGAUAUUAAAGGAAAAAUCAUCAAAACCGAUGCGAUGGGUUGCCAGAAAGAUAUUGCAGAGAAGAUACAAAAACAGGGAGGUGAUUAUUUAUUCGCUGUAAAAGGAAACCAGGGGCGGCUAAAUAAAGCCUUCGAGGAAAAAUUUCCGCUGAAAGAAUUAAAUAAUCCCAAGCAUGACAGUUACGCAAUUAGUGAAAAGAGUCACGGCAGAGAAGAAACCCGUCUUCAUAUUGUUUGCGAUGUCCCUGAUGAACUUAUUGAUUUCACAUUUGAAUGGAAAGGGCUGAAGAAAUUAUGCGUGGCAGUCUCC